AUGAAACUGUUCGUAGCUUUCCUGGCUCUGGCUGUGGCCUCGGCCUCCGCCACCGCCAUCAACAGCGUGGUCCACCCCAAGGACCUGCCCAAGGUGUCCAAGAUCGAGGGUCGCAUUACCAACGGCUACCCGGCUACGGAGGGCAAGGCCCCCUACACCGUUGGCCUGGGCUUCAGCGGCGGCUGGUGGUGCGGUGGCUCCAUCAUUGCCCACGACUGGGUCCUCACCGCCGAGCACUGCAUCGGAAACGCUGACUCUGUGACCGUGUACUUCGGAGCCACCUGGCGCACCAAUGCCCAGUUCACUCACUGGGUUGGAAACGGCAACUUCAUCAAGCACAGCAACGCUGACAUCGCCCUGAUCCGUAUCCCGCACGUGGACUUCUGGCACAUGGUCAACAAGGUGGAGCUGCCCAGCUACAAUGAUCGCUACAACGACUACAACGAAUGGUGGGCCGUGGCCUGCGGCUGGGGAGGCACCUACGACGGCAGCCCCCUGCCCGACUGGCUCCAGUGCGCCGAUGUCCAGAUCAUUCACAACUCCGAGUGCGCCAACUACUACGGCACCGGCAUCGUUGGUGACAACAUCAUCUGCAUCCGCGUUGUUGAUGGCAGGGGAACCUGCGGCGGAGACUCCGGCGGCCCCCUGGUCACCCAUGACGGCGGCAAGCUGGUGGGAGUCACCAACUGGGUGUCUGGCUCCGGCUGCCAGGCCGGUCAUCCCGCUGGCUUCCAGCGCGUGACCUACCACCUGGACUGGAUCCGCGACCACACCGGAGUUGCUUAUUAAUAAAUAUGGAACAUUGAUUGAAUAAAUUAUA